UUUUAUUUUGAAAAUAAUUAACCGGAAGAGGUGUUGCCGCAGAUUGCUGCUGUCAACAGCACUGAUCAAGUCUACGGCGACUACAGACGCCACACAACCCAUCGGGUGAUUAUAAAGCAACUAUACAAUUACGGACUCUGACUGCUACUCUGUGGAAGUUUCAGCUUUGUGUGUUUGCGUUUGUGUGUAUGUGUAUCAGUGGGUGCGUAUAGCGCCAUUGUGCAGUGUGUGUGUGAUGUCGUCAGAGCUGCUGGUAGACUUGGGUGAUGACCCUGCGACUGCACAGUUAGGGCAGCUGAAGCUGGCCACGAUAGAGGACCAGCAGUGGCCCGCUGAUGAGUCUACUCUCAGCAAAUCAGAGACAGACAUCUCCCAGCGCUUCGAUGCUGACUCUCCCCACCUGCCCUGGGACCAUCCCUUCUAUGACAUUGCCAGGCAUCAGAUCAUUGAAGUAGCAGGUGAUGAUAACUUUGGCAGGAAGGUGAUAGUGUUUAAUGCCUGCAGGAUGCCUCCACAGCACCAACUGGACCAUCACAAGCUGCUGAUGUAUCUUAAAGGAACACUGGAUCAGUAUGUUGAAAGUGACUACACUCUGAUCUACUUCCAUCAUGGGCUGACCAGUGAAAACAAACCAUCUCUCAGCUGGCUACGUGACGCAUACAGGGAGUUUGACAGAAAGUAUAAGAAGAACAUCAAGGCUCUGUAUAUCGUCCAUCCCACCAUGUUUAUCAAGACCCUGCUGAUCCUCUUCAAACCAAUCAUCAGUUUUAAGUUUGGCAGGAAGAUCAACUAUGUGAGCUAUCUGAGUGAGCUGGAGGAUGUGGUAAAGUGUGAUCAGCUGAUCAUUCCUGCCCGUGUCAAAGAGUACGACAACAAGUUGAGGGCAUCUCUGAAACCGACUGCUCAGCCUCCCAUGUCUCCUCCUCGCAGCCCUCCCCUCCCCAACCAAGUCUUUGGGGUGCCACUUGCAUUGCUCAGACAGAGGAGUCCAGAUGGGGACUGUGUUCCUGUGGUGAUGAGAGACACCAUUGGUUUCCUUUCAGACCAAGGCUUGGAAAUCGAGGGGAUCUUUAGACGGUCUGCCAAUGUGACUCUGGUGAAGGAAGUCCAGCUCAGAUACAAUUCAGGCACGACAGUGAAUUUUAGAGAGAUGGAAGAUGUCCACUUGGCUGCCGUGAUUCUGAAGACGUUCUUGAGGGAACUACCUGAGCCUCUGCUGACCUACCAGCUCUACAAUGAAAUUGUCAACUUCACCUCUGUGUCCAGUGAAAGUCAGGUGACCGUUAUGAAGACUUUGGUAGAGUCGCUGCCAGAGGAGAACUAUGCAUCACUGCGAUACCUCAUCACAUUCUUGGCUCAGGUAUCAGCCAACAGUGAAGUGAAUAAGAUGACCAACAGUAACCUGGCUGUGGUGUUUGGUCCUAACCUGCUCUGGGGGCGGGACAACGCCAUGUCACUCAGCGCCAUUGGGCCAAUCAACAACUUUGCCAGAACCCUGUUGGACCAGCAGCAUCUGGUCUUUACCUAAAUCCCACCCCUUCACCCAGAAACACCACUAAGCCCCCUCCCUUUACCCACAGCACUUAGUCUUUAGCUGAUCCGUGCUCCUGACAGUCAGGAGCUUCAUCAGGGUACUCCACCAGCUUCAUCUGCUUUUCCAUUAAAACACCAUAGAGUUUAAAAGAUCCUGUGGACCAAUUACAUUUCAUGUUGCCUCCCACCAGUCUUUACAUUCUGAUUGGCCUGUGUCUUGUUGUUAUGUCCUAACAACAAGACAGCCUAGACAGCUGCUGAGUUUCCAUUUCCAUGUGUAAAGUGGAAAUGGUACAUACAUCAUACAUACAGCCCCUCUAUAAACAACUUACAGCACAAAAGAGUAAGUACAACAAGUAUGUGACUUACCAUCCAUUCACCCUGGGUCCCUUUGGUAGGACUGUGGAGACCCAUUUAACCCCUGUAGUGGCAAAGUCAGUCCAGCAAGUCAUGUACUUCUUCGGCUUUGGUGCUGCCUUUUUUGCUCUAUAAAGCGCUCUAUUAUAACCAGGGAGUGUAUCAUUCAGGACAUAAAUGCACUCAAGUGAAAUAUUUAUUGAUUAAGUUAGUCCCAGUGUGAAUGCAGGGUUAGUCUCACACAACCACUGCAAUACAGGCAAACUGCAGUACAUUUCUGACUCUUCCUCCACCCCAUUACACCCAACCAAACCCAGCAAAAAGUCCUAACUGCAUGUGUUUAUACCUGAAAUAAGUGUGUCUCAGGCCCUGCCUGAACACAGUUUGGCUAUCAUCUUUUAUCUCUAUAGGGAGAUUAAUAGCAGUUGGACUUAGACGUCCACAGUUUUUCUCUGUAUAUCUGUAUUGUGCUGUUGUCAGUCUGUCUCUAUAUAGUGCCAAAAAACAAAGAAAAGAAACUGGCCUCCAGCUUUGACAGGAAGACACACAAAGAGAAGGGUGAUUAUGAAUAAUAAGUACAGAAAAGGAAGCAGUACAGUUACCAAAUGCCCCCCCUAGAAUUAUGAUCCCAAACGAAAAAGAGGCGAGAUGAAGAGAAUGGAGGUGUGAAUUUGCAUCUCAGUGAAAGUCUCAGGUUCAUUUCUAAACGGUUAACUUGGUACCAAAUGUUGACAAUCUAUGACAUGCUGUAAUUAAAGUAAGCAGUAGAAACGGAGCUGUGUGGUUCUACUAGCAGAUCAUUCAGUGUUAGAACCCAAACACAGCUGUGCAUGCGGAUGAAACGAGUGCUGGACCUGGACCUGGUUUAGGACUCACAGCUCUGUAAUACAUUGUGCUAUAUCCUGAUAGCUUAUGUAUGAUUCUUUAUAGCUUACUCCUUACUAUAUUUGACUUUAAUGUAUUAAUAAUACCUCAGGACUUCCAGACGUUUUCCCCUGUCACAACAUUAUAUUUGACUAAACUCUGUUGUCAUUUUAGUAAGUGUGAUUUUGGCAUUGUAGCUCAUCAGAAUAGAUGGAUUUUAAUGGUACGGGAUAAACAGCUGACACAACUCCAUACAUUUAAGUCUAAUAAUCAGUAAUACAAAAACAUUGUACUAUAUAUGCUCCUGCCACAAAUGUUUGCAUGUAAACUAUUAAUUAAUUGAUACGGUAUCUUUGAGAAUAGAUACAAUAUCACAAAACAAAAUAUUGCGAUACUCAAGUGUAUCGACCAAUAAUAGACAUGUCAUACUCACCGCUCAGUCAUAUGGUUUUAUCACUAAUGUAUUCCAGUCCUUCCCCUUUGCCUCCUUUUCUAUUAAUGAAACGUUUUUGCAAAAUCUUUACAGUAAAAGUUGUCCAGUGUUUCCAAUAUUGGUGGGCGUUAAAUACAAAACAGCAAAGUGGAAAGAUUGGACUUCAUUGGUGCAUGAAAGUAGUUUGGUGUUAGAGCAGUAAAGUGGUGAGUAUAUCAUGUCUGUAAGGUCAUUGUGUUUAGUGACAUUGGCAGGAUUUUAAUGUAAAAAUUUGACUCUCUAAUUGACUCUUCCAAAGUUCCUUUCGCUGUGUGCUACAAUUACAGUUAAGAAAGCUUGGUAGCCAGCGAAACCCUAUACUUAGAUAUGCUGUGGGCUAGGCUAAACAACCAAAUUAUUAAGAUGGUUAAGUCACAGUCACAACUUAAGUUAGCUAACAUAAGCAAAACAUUAGCUAACUAGCUAAUAAAUUAUAUGUAAAUUAACUAGCUAGUUAACUAGUGUUUUGCUGACAUUAGCUAGCUAACUUAAGAUGUGACUAUGUCUGUAUAUGUCACUUUUGUCUUUUAACCAUCUUCAAAAUGGGUUUUCUCAACAUAGAGAAACCUAGCACAUAGCAAAAACGGGCGGGACAUAGGAAGGGUCAAUUGGUGUACAUGACAAAAUGGAUUGCCUCAACAGUAGAUCUUUGGCCUGGUUAGUAUUCAUUGUACAUGUUACUGGCUGCUAGUCCUAUGGCUUUCUGGGUUUUGAAGUAAAGCAUUUUAUAAUCAUGACCCUAUAAGCUGCCACACAACCAAUGUUUCCCACUGCAGCAUUAGCACUUCGGGUUGUGGUCUGUUGUAGUCUUUGUGUUUGGUACUUACAAUUUGUUGCCAUUCAUUUACCUACGUGGCAUCACCUCGGUGUGAAUUCUGGAUCAGUCAGUUUGUGUCACAGUGCUAAUCCCUGCCCUGUAAAACACAUUCGACUUCUGGCAGUUUUAUAUUUAUUUUCUCCUGCCAGCACAAUAGAGCUGUGGUCCUAGUUGUAUAGCUCAGUUAAGUUGGCAUAUGGAUCAUGUGGGUAUAGCACGCUAACCCACUAACAAAAGUAAUUUUGGGUAAUUUCAGUAUGUAUACUGUCAUUAUUGAAAUAACAAUUCAAUAAUUUAUUAAUAUAUUCAGUACAAAUUCAUUUAUUGGUUAUAUUCAACUUCAGUGAACCAGUGUUGCCUGCCAAACAGGAAACAAGAGCAUCCAAUAGGCUUUAUCGUAGAAGGGAUACAGACUGUACCAUGUUAAGUAUGGAAAAGGGUUUUCAUUGUCCUUUUAAAGUACCCUAAACAACCUAUAUUGUUAAUACAUUUUGUCAGGACAGUUCAAAUAUUGAUUUGAAGUUAUUUUUAUUGUUCUUACAUGUUUAAAAGCAAGAAGUAGAGGCUCCUCAAGGGAGAGAUGUUGGAGUUGUAAAUUGGUUCUGUUCUAGCCUUUGGUAUAUUUUAUGUUGACGGAUUUCCUUAUGUUUUUCUAAGUUCUUUUUUUUACUUUUGUAUAUAGCUUUUUUGACUUCCUCACCAAAACCAACCUGAACUGUUCUCCCUCUGCCACUAUGCCAAUUUAUUUAUUUAGAUUCAUCCCACAUAAAGCACACAAUAUCCCUUUGAUGAACAAGUAUUGAUACUAGUGUGACAUGAGUGUUAUUCAUAUCUUUAGUUGACUUACAUCACUAAUGGAGUUUGUCCAAGUUGUAUUGUGGUUUCUGGGUGUCUGCCCUGUCUUUGUGGUCUGUUAGUGAAGGAUAAUCUGCAACAAGCUGUGCAGUUCUCAAAAAGUUACAGGAUUAGAAUCAGGUCUUUUAAUCUGCCAUAAUUACUGGUGAAGAAAAACAGUCUCAACUGAAGGGCACUACAGCCCUUUGACUUGUGACUUGGGAUGUAGCCUUUUGGCUUGGAAUGAAUUGUCAUCCUCCCUAAGGCCAAAGAUUAAACAUUAUGUGAUGAAAUAGUGCCAUCCAAUCAACUCUUAAUUUCCUGCCAACUGAUGCACACAUAAUCAGUAAGAGAGCAGCCUAUCAGGUUGCUUGAACAGGAGAGAAAAUAUGUCAUUGCAGAUCAGCAGGCAGACAAUGUGUGUUUAAGACUCAAAACACAAAAUUCAAGACUUGACAUGACUUGUUGGUUUUGACUUAACUCAGUAUAUUUACUGCAUGCCUCUGUGUAAAUGUAGCUUUAAGCUGCAGUAGGUAACUUUUAUGAAAAUCACUAGCUGAAACUUUCACUAUAUCCUGACAGGCAGUAUCUGAGACAAAUAAUCUGUGAAAAAAUCAGGUUCCUCUGGCUCCUCCUAUUGCUCCUAUUAGCAUUUGCAGGAAUCCACCAGGCCUGACUAAAAACAACCAGUCAGAGCCGAGAAAGACAGAAAGAUGCUUUGGGUUGAAGACUUGAAGACAGAUGAUUGUUGAGUCUCAUUUCAAGCGUCAGUUUUUUGACAACCUGGGAAUUAAACUCAACUAUCUAUAUUCUUGCCUCUGAUUGGUUGUUUUAAUUUAGGUACGGUGAAUUCUUGGAAAUGCGGUCCGGAGCACUAGGAGGAGGAACCUGAUUUUUUUCACAGAUUUUCUGUAUCAUGUACUACUGUCAGGAUAUGGUGAAAGUUGAUACACAGGACAGUUUUCUGGGCAGCAAGUAGGCCGUUUCUGGUAGAAGGUUUUGUGUCGCCGUUGUCAAAUCUUAAUUUAGACCAAGUGUAGCUGAACUGCAUCUGUCCACACUAAUAGCAUCCUAAUGGUAAAUAGACUCAGCCAACAUGUUGGAUUUCACUUGUAAUUCCCAGGCCAAGUAGUAUUUCUGAAUCAUUGUCUGUGGUGCAUCCUCAGGUUUUAUUUUGAACUUUCAAUUCCACUCAGUUCCCAAAGCCUAGAUUUAAAGUUUCUAAAUUUCUCAUUUUUUGGCACCUGUCUGCAAAUUCAGCUCAUCUAAAGCAUUCCGUUCUUUAAAAAAAUUAAGCAGCUCAGUAUACUUUUGACCAAUAGUUGUUAACAGGUAUGAAAUGUUUGGCUGGAAGUCACAAGAACAAAGCAGAGAUACUUGUUUGCCCUUUGUGACCCUGAUUGGAUGUGUCUCUUUUCUGUAGUCUCUUUUUAAAGACUCCUGGCCAAACUGUGCUACUUAAUCAGUUGUCUUUUAAUUUGUUAAUGGCCAAAAUAUUAUCAGUAGGUAAUUAUUAGUGUUGUAAUGUUGCUAUGAUUCUUAAUAUGUGACUGAAAAGCACCAGAAGAUCAGAGAUUUAGUUUGACUGAAGCUGAAAGAAAAAAAAUCUUUAUCUGUUUACCUGUUGUAACUCCCAGUCAUGCCAAUACCACGGUAAUUGGCAUGCUAUAAGUGUAUAUAUGGGUGUGUGUAAGUGUGUUUGAGUGUAAGUGCUAACUCAGCUGGACCCAGCACAGACAAAAUAUGUCUGUUGGGGUUUAAAUAUAUAGUUGAAAAUUUAAAACUAGGGCUCCUGUCAGUUGAGAUUUGUCUGUGUGUGGUGUGUGUGUGUGUGUGUGUGUGUGUGUGUUUAUUAUUGUUGUCAGGUGAAAACAUGGUAACUUCAGUUUUGGUUAUUUUUCAUGACCUUUAUUUAAUGAGAAAAAUGAUCUCUUUAGAUUGACAAAGCUGUACAACCAUUCUCUGAAAAGGCAUUCAAAACCUCUUAACAAAAAAACAAAAAUAAGAUCCAAUACAGUUUUUCUUAGGUCAUGAAAUCUUCCUUUGACAACAGUAAUAUGUAUGUUAGUGUAUGUGUGCGCGCGUAUGGGUGCAUGCUCGUGCCUUAUUUGUUUUCCCUAAGUGAUCAUGUGAUUAGCCAUCAAAGUGCCAGUGUGCCCGUUCUGCCAUAGAUUAAAAAUGACGUGAGGUGCGUUCAACAAAGCUUUGGCGUUUGUAUGUUAAGAAACAGAAAAUGUCUUGAACAGAAAACACAAAGCAGAGAACAGAGCUCCUGUCCAAACUGGGCUUGUUGAACACAGCUCAGCUGUAAUGGAUGAUCACAGGCUUGAGAAAUGUAACCUCAUAAAUCCAUAAUUAGCCUGCCGAAGAGGAUUAAAGCUUAAUUAAAACAUUAGUUCUGUAAUUAAUUUUAAUAAACUGAGAUUAAAUAAAAUCUCAAAGAUUAAAAUCUGAAUUCUGAAAUUAAGUACAAAAGAUUUAAAUGAGUAUUAAAGUCAGAAUAUCUACUUUGAGCCUUGACUUUUUAAAAUCACACAUCUCUCAGGAUUCUCAAAUCAAUGCAUUAUAAUUUACCGAUGAGAAAACUCCAUGACUAAUAACUAAUAUUUGUGUUUGGUUUUUAUUUUAAGGUUACAUUUGUUCAGAAUUUCUCUAAUAUCGAGUCAACCAAAUAAUCAUUUAUAAUUUACAAAUGUGUUCAGAUUAUUACCAUCCUACGAUCAGUUGUUGUUUCAGAUAUAUAAAAAUGUUGCACAACCAAAUUCUCUCUCCACUUUAUAAUAUGACUAGAUGUCAGCCAUUUAUUUCACUGUAUGUUUAAUUUUCACAGUAAUUUCGACCAAGUACAAUUUAUUUAAUUUCUGUAACACUGUUUCUCCUCAACUCUGCUGAUCAAUUACAGCCCUGUCUAAUCUAUGGAUAUGUGUACUGUAACUGUGGUGACAGUGAACAAUAUUUCUCUGUGGGAGAAAUUAUUUGGUUUUUCAUGCUGAUUUAUUGAUACUCAGUGAUCUUAUUUUCUUAACUCUUCUUUUUCAUCCUUUACUUUUGAUAUGUUGUGGAUCUUAGUCUUAUAUAUGUAUAUGAUAUAAUGGUGAUAUACUGUAAUAUCAAUGUGUGCAAAAAAUAAACAAAUAGUGAAUGAA